UUUUUGUUUCACUCUCUUCUGUUCACUUCUCAUUCCUCAUAAUCUGAACUCGAGACCAAAGAAUAUUCAGCUCGUCAUAUCUGAAAAGCUCGAAUGGAGAUCCCUACCGAUUCGAUUCCGAGGCUUCCAGACGAGCUGAUCGUUGAGAUCCUCACGUGGCUCCCAGUAAUAUCCGUCUUGAGAUGCAGGUGCGUUUGCAAAUCAUGGCUAUCCUUAAUUUCCAGCCCACAAUUCGUUAGAUCCCACCUCCGAAAGACCAAACAAGACCCCAAUUACACACACCACAGGAUUAUGUUGAAUUAUCAUGGUGAUCUCAUGCAAUGUUCAGUUCCCUCCCUGCUGCGUGAACCCAUUAUUGAUGCAUUUGACACGGAUUACUCAGUCCGAUUUCCAAUGGAGUCAGUCUGGAUUAUGGGUUCUUGUGAUGGUCUGAUUUGCCUUGCUGUAGAUAGGAAAGGUCUGUUUUUGUGGAACCCAUCUACAAGAGUAUGCAAAAAGCUGCCUGAUUUUGGUGUCAACGAAGACUUUUGUAACUUUGCUUAUGGACUUGGUUUUGAUAAAUCAAGUGAUGAUUAUAAGGUUGUGGGGGUUUUUAUAGGCGAUAGAAAUUCUUAUGAGGUGGCAGUGAAAGUUUAUAGUUUGAAGAGUGAUCAGUGGAAAAGGAUCGAGAACUUUAAGGGUCGUUGGCUGUUGGAUAAGCCAGCUACAUUUGCUCACGGGAAGUUGCAUUGGAUUGCAAAUUAUGAUUGGGAGUUUAGAUCUGGAUGGAAGAUUGUUUCUCUUGAUUUAGGGACGGAGGAAUAUGGAGUACUAGAGAUGCCGAAUAAUGUAGAAAAUGGUUUGUAUUCAAAGUUGGGGGCAUCUGGGGAUUGCCUUUAUCUGCUCUGCAGUCAUUUAACUGGUGAAGAUAUGUGGGUUAUGGAUGAUUAUGGACUAGGAAAAAGGACGUGGACCAAGUUGGCCAGCAUUCCCUACAUUGUUGAUUUCACUACGCACACCUAUAGGUCAGUAUUGUACGUGCUAGAGAAUGGUGAAGUUGUGUUGCUUUCUGGUUUGAAGUUUGUGAUUUUUAACCCAAAGGAUCGCUCGUUUAGGUCUCCUAAGGUUAGAGACACGGAUGCAUUGGUUGCAGCCAACACUUAUAUUGAAAGUUUAGUUUCACCACUCUAGGGAUGUUGAAGAAUCAUGUCUAACGUUUUGAUAAGGUGUAUUUUCAAUUUCGACACUCUUGUUAGAUGUACUGCUAAUCUAGUUUUCUUGGUUGUAAUCUAUUAAGUUUAUUCCUCAGAGGCUGUAAUCUUAUCUAAGUAUGGUAAUGUUAUAUUGAUUUCUGCUUCGUAA